AGUUUAAUUUUCUUUAUUGUGAGAUGUAAUUUCCCUUAUUUGAGUAUUGACCUACAAGGGCAUUAUAAAUGGCCAUUAUUGUAGUCAUUUUUCCAUCUCUCAGCUUCCUCCAUCAAAACACGGUUUGUGAAUCCAAGCCAAUCCAUGGAAGAGCUUCAUGUUCUUCUGGUCGCUUUUUCUGCCCAAGGUCACAUCAACCCUCUGCUUAGGCUAGGCAAAACCCUACUAACCCGAGGCCUCCACGUCACCCUUGCCACCACCGAAUUAGUUUACCACCGCGUCUUCAAAUCCUCCACCGCAGACGCCGCCACCGUCCCUACUUCCAUCACCAUCAACGGAAUCCAAGUCAUUUUUUUCGCCGAUGGCUUUGGAACCGGCCAAGUCAAGGCGACCCUCGACUCGUACAUGGAACUAAUAGGAAAAUUCGGUCCCAUUAAUCUCUCCAACCUCAUUGAAACCCACUUCCUUAACGCUUCCAAAAAACUCGCUUGCAUCAUCAACAACCCCUUUGUCCCAUGGGUUGCAGAUGUAGCUGCUAACUAUAACAUCCCUUGUGCAUGUCUCUGGAUCCAACCCUGCGCUCUCUACGCCAUAUACUACCGUUUCUACAACAACUUAAACGACUUCCCCACUCUCGAAAACCCUUCCAUGAGUGUCAAGUUACCCGGUCUUCCAUUGCUACAACCGCAAGACCUUCCUUCUUUUGUUCUCCCAUCAAACCCUUUUGGAAGCAUACCCAAGGUGCUUUCCGAGAUGCUACAACACACGAAAAAGCUGAAGUGGGUACUCGCAAACUCUUUCCACGAAUUGGAGAAAGAUGUAAUAGAUUCCAUGGCUGAGUUAUGCCCCAUCACAGCGGUUGGUCCUCUGGUUCCUCCCUCCUUACUUGACCAAGAUGAAAACGAAGAUGUGGGAAUCGAAAUGUGGAAACCACAGGACUCGUGCAUGGAGUGGCUCAACCACCAACCUCCUUCUUCGGUUAUAUACGUCUCGUUUGGGAGCCUCAUCGUGUUUACCGCUCAGCAACUGGAGAGUAUAGCUAAGGCUUUGAAGAACAGUAAGAAAGCUUUUCUUUGGGUCAUCAAGAACAAAGAAGGAGAAGAAGCGGUUCCGCUACCAGAAGGGUUUGUCGAAGAGAGCAAAGAACAGGGCAUGGUGGUGCCAUGGUGCCCGCAAACCAAGGUACUCAGUCACCCUGCGAUAGCGUGUUUCUUAACGCACUGUGGUUGGAAUUCCAUGUUGGAAGCCAUAACCACGGGCACGACCAUGAUUGCUUGGCCUCAGUGGACCGACCAACCCACAAACGCGAAACUGAUUUCCGAUGUGUUUCGUUUGGGGGUUCGGCUCACGCCGGGGAAUGAUGGGUUUGUGGCGACGGAGGAAGUUGAACGGGCUAUUGAACAGGUUUUUGAGGCAGAGGAGUUCAAGAGAAACGCGUCGGAGUUGAAACGGGCUGCGAGAGAAGCUGUGGCUCACGGUGGCUCGUCGGACCGAAAUAUCCAAUCCUUUGUGGAUGAAAUUAUUGGUAGAAAAUUAGACACUUAGUUCUUGGAUAUGACACACAAACUUGGGAUUAGUGUCAUGGUUUAAAAUGGAAAAACUCUUUUUUGAUACCUCCAUCUCAUCAAUUUUAUUUUUAUAAUGUAAUAACGUAUUAAUAAUUUAAUUAAAAUUUAAUAAAAUGUAAUUUCAAAUAUUAAGUA